AUGGAUCGAAGUUGGAUAAAUUUGAUAUGCACAACAAAUGAAUAUGAGAAUGGAGUAGAACAAUUUAUUGAAUUUGCAAAGAUGAAUGUUCCAGACAAUAAUGAAAGAUUUUAUUGCCCAUGUGUUAAUUGUUUGAAUGAGCGAAAACUAUCAGCUGAAGUUAUUCAAGAGCAUGUUCUAUGUGAUGGAUUCCUAAAGAGCUACACAAAGUGGACAUGGCAUGGUGAAUUAAUAGACAUGCCAAGUGUAAGUGACUCUCAGGUAGAAGCAGAACAAGUUGAUUUAGAGAUGAGUGAUCGGUUAGAGGACAUGAUACAUGGUGUCGAACCUGAUUCCUUCCAACAUGCUCAUCUAUAUGACAACUUGUGCACUGAUGCAAAAAAACCUUUAUAUCCAGAAUGCACUAAGUAUACUCGAUUUUCAGUUGUGUUAAAAUUGUUCAAUGUGAAGGCAAGAAAUGGGUGGAUUGAUAAAAGCUUCACAGAGUUGCUUGAGUUGUUGAGUGAUAUGCUUCCAGAAGGUAACACAUUGCCAACGCGCAAUUAUGAUGCGAAGAAGAUAUUGUGUCCCAUGGAUGGAAUGAAUCCAUAUGGCAACUUGAGCAGUAAACAUAGCUCGUGGCCUGUGAUGUUAAUCAUUUACAAUUUACCUUCGUGGUUGUGCAUGAAACGCAAAUAUGUGAUGUUAUCCUUGAUGAUCUCGGGUCCAAGACAACCAGGAAACGAUAUUGUUAUUUAUUUAGCCCCAUUAGUUGAAGAUUUGAAAAUGUUAUGGGAAGAGGGUGUUGAUAUGUUUGAUGGGUACAUUGGUGAUUCAUUCGACUUGCAUGCCAUGUUAUUUUGUACAAUCAAUGAUUUUCCGGCUUAUGGUAAUUUAAGUGGCUAUAGCACUAAGGGUCACAAAGCAUCCCCUAUAUGUGAAGAAGGCACAUGUCAUCGUCAACUACACCAUGGAAGGAAAACGGUAUACCUUGGACAUCGGAGGUUUCUUACUACAAACAAUCCAUAUCGUAAAUUAAAGAAAGCAUUUAAUGGGUGUCAAGAAAAUGAAUUAGCUCCAAUGGCUUUAAGUGGAUCACAAGUGUAUGAACAUGUGAAGGCAUUGGGUAUGUUCUUGGAAAGAUGCAAAAAAAAGGCACUUCAAGCAACAUAUGGAAGAAAAGGUCAAUUUUCUUUGAUCUCCUAUAUUGGAGGGUGCUUGAUGUUAGACAUUGUUUAG